AUGUUGGGAGUGGAGAUGUACCCAAGUUUAGGCCUUGGUGGUCAAAGACUUGGAGACUGCUAUUACACAGACCGGGACACGCCGGCCCACGUGCCCCUUUACCCGACGUCGUGUGACAUGGCGGCUCGGAGUCUGCCCCCUCGCUUGCUGGCCCCGCCGCCUGCGAAGAGGGAUGCGUUCGGGAAAGGCGAGGACGCGGUGAAGAUAGAGCUGGAGAACAUGUCGUUGUGGAAACAGUUCAGCACCGUCGGGACAGAGAUGAUCAUCACUAAGAAGGGAAGACGGAUGUUCCCCCAGCUGAAGGUAAAGCUGUCAGGUUUGAAUCCCUCUCAGCGAUACAUCCUCCUGUUGGACCUCACACCAGUGGACUCCUUUCGCUACCGCUUCCAAGACGACAGCUGGCAGGUGGUGGGUGGAGCAGAAGCUCGACUUCCAGACCGGGUGUUUAUCCAUCCGGAUUCGCCAGCCACCGGUGAACACUGGCAAAACCGGACCAUAUCGUUCCACCGAGCCAAACUGACCAAUAACACGCUGGACUCGCAAGGAUAUAUCAUCCUUCAUUCUCUGCACAAGUACCAAGCACGGGUCCAUGUCAUUGAAGCCAGAGAUGUUCUGAUGUGGGGAGGCGCUCAACACACCUUUACCUUUCCUGAGACCCAGUUCAUCACUGUUACAGCCUACCAGAACAACAGGAUAACUGAGCUGAAGAUCAACUCCAAUCCCUUCGCAAAAGGAUUCAGGGAGAAUGGCCUGAACAGCAAAAAACAAAGAGAAGCAAGGCAGAAAAGAAAGCUGAACCAUCAUGAGGAACCUUUAGAUAUAGAAUCAUGCGACCCAUGUGACUCCACCGAAGUGAUUCCGCAAACCAUGGCCCUGGAGAGCACCAAUCUAGCUUUAUCCGAUUCGGGCUUCUGCUCUGAUGUACCGUCUUUCUCAGAUCAGACGGGACAGCAGCAUAGCUCGGGACAAGCCUUUCUGAGCUCCCAGAUUGCUCGGCUGUCUGAAAUCUCGGUGGAGAACCAACCGCAGUCGACCACCAACGAUGAAGUCAACGCUGGAAUGCUUGAGGAGAUCAUGCCCAUCAGCCUUGCCAAAUAUGGCAUGUUUCUGGUUUGUGUCUUGUGGGAACUCUGGAUGAGCAAGCUGACUCAGAGGUGGAUCAUGCCCAUCAGCCUUGCCAAAUAUGGCAUGUUUCUGGUUUGUGUCUUGUGGGAACUCUGGAUGAGCAAGCUGACCCAGAGGAUCAUGCCCAUCAGCCUUGCCAAAUAUGGCAUGUUUCUGGUUUGUGUCUUGUGGGAACUCUGGAUGAGCAAGCUGACCCAGAGGUCUUCCCAGAUGAUAGGCCUUUCCUCAUACAACCCAUUUACGACCACCUCUUCGAUUACAUCCACAUCUCAUCUACCGGUGCCUCAUCCUCAACCUUCAUCUCUGUGUAAUUUACAAUCCUCCCAUUCCAAUCCAUCUGAAGGAAUUACAAAUUAUUCCACGGUUACUUCAUCCCACUAUACCAGCCUAGAUUCCUCCUCUCCAAUCAACUCCUCCACCUCACCCCAAGGCUCCACGCAUCCCGCCGUCUGUCACACCUCAUCGUCCUACCACUCGGUUCUUCCAUCCCGAGACAACAACCUCACAAGUCCUCACACACCUACGAACCCUCCGUUCCAGUCUCUUCCUCAAGCGUCCUGUCAGUCCACAACAAUCAACAGUUGUCCUUCAGGUCUCUCUAUGGAUGCUGCUCAGAACCAAGCAAUCGAUGGAGGUCUAGGCUCUACCAAUUCCACCCCUUCUGGUGUCGAUGUCUCCACCCCGACUGCCUUCCCCUUUCCACCAAUACAGUCCUCGAACAAUUCUGAAUCCACCACCCCUCCGUCUCAAAUCCUACCCCAAACUGCCUUCCCCUUUCCACCAAUACAGUCCACGAACAAUUCUGAUACCCCUCCGUCUCAAAUCCUCGCCCAAACUGCCUUCCCCUUCCCACCGGUGCAGCAGCCAAAUCCUCUCAAUGACUCCUUAGAUUCAAACCCAAUUUCAACAUCUUUUCCUUUCCUUUCUGAGCCAGAAUCCACUUCUACCCCUCUACCUACCCCCCACCCAACCGUCUACAACUUCUCUGUCUUUCCAGAACCCAAGGAACCCAAGUUUCUUCCAUCAAAUGUCCAAGCCCUUGGAAACAUAGCACAAGUCCAGCCCACUCUUCCACAAUCGUUCCCCCCUACUUAUCAACACAUACCUCCUCAAUGUGCCAACCCUUCUCAAAUCCCAGCACAAUCCUUCCCUUCUAUUCCACCCUCCACGGCCACCUUCCUCACCCACCCGGCUCUCCCAAACCACCCUGUUCCCGCAACCCAUCCCCAUCCCCACACCCAGUACCCUGUCCCUUACAACGCCUACCCCCCAGUGGCUCCGUCUGAGCUAGGAUCUUUUUCACAAAUCAAUCCAAAUGCUUCGUAUUUGCCCGAUAUGGUUCUGCACCCUUCCAUUCUCCCUGCGCUGGAUAAUUCCCUCCCCAGUACGGCUGCUUCGAUCUAUAACCCAUUUCCUUCCUACCCUCUCCGGCUGUGCCAGGACCCCCGAUCCUCGUUCCAUCUACAGCUCAGACACCUUUAUAGGCAGCCCCAGCCGGUACACCCUAACAACCAGGGUUCCUACCUGGAGCUUGGAGGAAGGCCAGCAUUCUGAUUUAUGCUUUUUGUCAAGGACUAACAUUUAUGUUAAAUUAAAUAUAGCAAAUAUAGCAAAAUCUAUGUAGACGUGGGUCGAAUGUUACAAUA